AUGUAUAAUAUAUUAGUUGGAUUCCUUUUAGGAAUCAUCUUCUCAAGUGUUUCUAUAUUAUAUUUAUUCUUUAGAUUGUUGGCAAAGAAAGUAGAUCCACUAAAAGAAAAUAGUAAACGACAACAACACCAUCAUCAUAAUCAAAAUAAUAAACAUAAUAAUCAUAAUAAUAGUAAUUCAACAAAAAAGAAAUCAAUAUUAUUUUCAUCUGGAUCAGCAUCAUCUGAACCAUUCGAUUUUGCAAUCAGCAAAGAUACACCACCAACAUCGAUCGAAACCUGUAAAUGGAUCAACUUUAUAACUAAACGACUGCUACAAGAGAUCAACCAUUCACAGCAAUUCUCACAAUCACUCUAUCAUGUUUUAAAUAGUUUGGCAUCGGACGACGAUUCCAAACCAGAUUUCAUUGGUAAUCUAUCAUUUUCAGAUAUAAAUAUAGGAUCGACAACACCAGAGAUCGGUACCAUUAAAUUGAUAUCGCCAGUGAAUGCCUCGGUCAAUGUCUUUGAAUUCGAUAUUAUCUAUUCAGGUGACGCAUCAGUCACUGCAUCCACUGAACUAUGGUUGAAUUGGCCACAGAAACACAUGGCAUGCUUACCCGUAAAGACAAAGAUAUCUUUGAAACAAUUAACUGGUAACUUUGUUUUAUAUAUACCGAAUCAUACGAAUCCAAUGUGUACUCUUUACUUGAAGGAAUCGCCUUCUCUGACAAUGAGAAUGAUAACCAAGAUGGGUUAUGAAACAGUAUUGAAGGAACCAGGUAAACUAGGUCAAUUCUUGCAAAACUUUAUCGUAAAACAAUUGAAUCAACGAUUGGUAUCACCGAAUAAGAUACAAUUCCCAUUGUUCUCAAUGUUACAUCCACCAGUAGUAAAUGCAUCGCUCUAUCCAACAUCGUCUUCAAACAAUAACCAUAAUAAUAAUAAUAAUAGCAAUAGCAACAACAACUCGACAUCAGCUUCAUCAAUUUCAACCGGUGGUAGCAUGGUUAAAUCUACAUCUUCACCGACUUUAUCAUCUAUUUCAUCGAAAUCCUCUAAGCAUAGUAGCAGCGGCAACAACAGCAAUGGUUCAACAUCACAAAAUAAACAAAUUAAACAAAGAAGACAACAGCAACAACAACAAUCGUCUCAACAAUUAUCACCACUUGUUGGAACAACACCCCCCAAUACAUCACCAACUUUAACCUCACAACAACAAUAG